GUGCCGCAGUGGUGGCCAUCUUAGAGUCGCCUACAAAGGAGCGCGAGCGGCAACGUCAAGAAGCGGCAACAAUAACAACAAACACCCAGAAACAACAACAACGAUAACCACGGCCACGAUACACAACAGCACAGGCAUCAGCAGCAGCAGCAGCCACUCACAACAGCCACUCGCGCCGCGACUCUAGACGCAGCCACGCGCGGCGCGCACGGCCACGCGGCGCGCAGCCCCCUCCGGGCCGCGGUUCAUGUUGAUGCUGCGCGCCGAGGGGAGCGCGGGGGCCACGGAGCAGCAGGGAGAGAGGGCGGCAGCGGCAGCAGCAGCGGGGAGAGGGCAGGAGGUGGCAGGGUUUAGCCACAGUCCUCUAGGACAGGUCUCAGGCCAGGGCUCGGGGAAAGAGUCGGGGCAAGCGCAGCAGCAGCAGCAGGGUUCCGCGCAGGUGUCUGGCUCGGGGAAGGACUCUGGGCAGGGGCUGGAGCCGAGUCCGGGACAGGCCCAACUCCACUCGGCUCUGCAGUCGCCCCACGGCACCGCGCACCACGCCGCCAAGAGGUUCAAGGGGCAGCAGUGCGAUCUGGACAUGGACGAGGGGCAGCAGAACCAGCGCAGGGCGACCAUCUCGGCGCUCGGCCACACGAAUGGCCUCACCAAGGCGGCCGCGGGCGGCAGCAGCGGCAACAACAAACCCGGCUCGGCCAAGAAGCUCGUCAUCAAGAACUUCAGAGACAAGCCCAAGCUGCCUGACAGCUACCCUGCGGAGACGUGGCAAAAGCUGCAGGAGGCUGUGCAGGCGAUCCAGAACAGCACCUCCAUUAAGUACAACCUAGAGGAGCUCUACCAGGCGGUGGAGAACCUGUGUUCGUACAAGAUCUCUGCAAAGCUUUACCUACAGCUGCGGCAGGUGUGCGAGGAGCACAUCCGCGCUCAGAUCCAGCACUUCUGGGGAGGCUCGAUGGACAGCGUGUUGUUCCUGAAGCACAUCGACAAGUGCUGGCAAGAUCACUGCCGGCAGAUGAUAAUGAUCAGAAGUAUCUUCCUGUUUCUGGACCGUACAUACGUGCUGCAGAACUCUAUGUUGCCCUCCAUAUGGGACAUGGGUCUGGAGCUGUUCCGCACGCACGUUGUCAGUGACCGCCUAGUGCAGAACCGCACAAUCGACGGGCUCCUGCUGCUCAUUGAGCGUGAGCGCAGCGGCGAGACGGUUGACCGUAGCCUCCUGCGCAGCCUCCUCAGCAUGCUGUCUGACCUGCAGAUAUACCAGGACUGCUUUGAGCAGAGGUUCUUGGUUGAAACAAAUCGCCUGUACGCAGCGGAGGGACAGAGACUUAUGCAGGAGCGCGAGGUGCCGGAGUACUUGCAUCAUGUGAACAAGCGGCUAGAGGAGGAGUCCGACAGAAUCAUCACCUACCUUGACCAGAGCACACAGAAGUCACUCAUCGCCUCCGUGGAGAAACAGCUACUAGGGGAGCACUUGACGGCCAUCCUGCAGAAAGGGUUGAACAACCUCCUGGAUGAGAACCGGAUUCCUGAGCUGUCCCUGCUCUAUCAGCUGUUCAGCCGUGUUAAGGGCGGAAUCCAGGUCUUGCUGCAGCACUGGGCCGACUACAUCAAGGUGUUCGGCACGACGAUCGUGGUGAACCCCGAAAAGGACAAGACGAUGGUGCAGGAACUGCUAGAUUUCAAGGAGAAGGUGGACGUGAUCGUGGAGGUUUGCUUCCAGCGCAGCGACAAGUUCAUCAACGCCAUGAAGGAGGCCUUCGAGACGUUCAUCAACAAGAGGCUCAACAAGCCUGCUGAGCUCAUCGCCAAGUAUGUGGAUUCUAAACUGCGCGCGGGGAACAAAGAGGCGACUGACGAGGAGCUGGAGAGGCUGCUCGACAAGAUCAUGAUCAUCUUCCGCUUCAUCCACGGAAAAGACGUGUUUGAGGCAUUCUACAAGAAGGACCUGGCGAAAAGGCUGCUGGUGGGGAAGAGUGCGUCUGUGGACGCUGAGAAGUCCAUGCUCUCCAAACUCAAGCACGAGUGUGGAGGGGCGUUUACCAGCAAACUGGAGGGCAUGUUCAAGGACAUGGAGCUGUCCAAGGAUAUCAUGAUCCAGUUCAAGCAGUACAUGCAGAACCAGAAUGAUGCCAACAACAUUGAGCUGACGGUGAACAUCCUCACCAUGGGCUACUGGCCGACGUACACGCCUAUGGAGGUCCACCUACCCCCUGAGAUGGUGAAGCUGCAGGAGGUGUUCAAGACCUUCUAUCUGGGGAAGCACAGUGGCCGCAAGCUGCAGUGGCAGCCCAGUCUGGGGCACUGUGUCCUCAAGUCUGAGUUCAAGGAGGGGAAGAAGGAGCUGCAGGUGUCGCUUUUUCAGACCCUUGUCCUGCUGAUGUUCAAUGAGGGCGAGGAGUUCAGCUUCGAAGAUAUUCGCACGGCCACAGGCAUUGAGGAUGGGGAGCUGCGGCGUACACUGCAGUCACUGGCGUGUGGGAAGGCACGCGUCAUCAACAAAGAGCCCAAGAGCAAGGACGUGGAGGACGGGGACCACUUCCUUCUCAACGGGGACUUCAAGCACAAGCUCUUCCGCAUCAAGAUCAACCAGAUCCAGAUGAAGGAGACGGUGGAGGAGCAGGCGAGCACGCACGAGCGCGUGUUCCAAGACCGGCAGUACCAGAUUGAUGCAGCCAUCGUGCGCAUCAUGAAGAUGAGGAAGACACUGAGUCACAACCUGCUCGUCACGGAACUCUACAACCAGCUCAAGUUUCCCGUAAAGCCGGCCGACCUCAAAAAGCGUAUCGAGUCUCUGAUCGACCGGGAUUACAUGGAGCGCGACAAGGAGAAUGCCAAUCAGUACCACUACGUGGCCUGAGAGUGAAGGGGGGCGGAGCAGCGUGGGGGACCCUGCUUUUACUGGGGCAGCGUUGCUUCCCAAAAACCGGACACGGCAGCUGAGCGGAGCGACGCUCGUCUGCAAAACGGACGCUUUAACCCAUGGACAAAUCUGAGCAGAGUGUGUGGGGAAGCAACGCGAUGCGACAGCGAGUAAAACUCAAUAGUGUUGAUGCAGGUUUUGGAGUUAAGUGAGUGGAUGAAUUAAAGUUUGUGUACACACGUCGCCGCCCUACGUCUGUGCUUGGUGCUGAAACGCAGAAGUGACGUGGACACACGAGUGUAGCUGCCGGAUGCCCAUGUGCAUUUAGCAGAUGGCGUUGGUAACACCAUGCCGUGUCACUUGGAAGCCUGGCCUGGAGUGGGGACAAAUCUGCAAUGGCAUUGGUGGUGCCCAGUUCAAGACCGAGGUCAUCUUGCCCAUCUACUGCUGCCCCUGCUCCUUCAUAAUGGCCUACUUUGCCUCUGACACUGGUUUGUGGGGAAAGUGGAAUGGUGUGGGCCGCUUGUGUCCCCAAGGGUUCAGCUGAAAAUUCUGCUCCUCACGAUCGCUUGGGAGAGUGAACACUGAAAAAAAAAUUAGAAAUGCGCACGUGGAAGGAACAAACUGCUUCACGCAGUGAGCAUCAGUCCCUGCCAUGCGCUAUGAUUACCGCUGCAGCCAAACUUGCGUCUGCAUGCGGCGCCACGGGGCCAAAGCCUCGGCAAACUGGAGCGAACCCCAUCGCCAGCGCUUCAAACAGCUCCAUGGCAUCCAGACUUUGCCUAAAUGCUGCAUUUCCAUUUUGGCCACGAGCACGGCCGCCUUCUGCUUUAAAGUCGCAUCCUCCUUGGAUGUGUGAGUUGAGCUGAGGAUGCAUCCAAGAAAGGAUAGGGCUCGGUUCAGCAACGUAGAGUCUGGAGCCUCGGCUAGUAGGCCUGUGCACUUGUUUAUUUUUUAAAACAAAUGAGCGUCCCCGUUUAUCCAUGCAGAUCCUUUCUCUGCUAGUUUCUGUUAAAACCUCGACUGCACCACUGACGCCAGUGUUAAAGCGUUCACCUUACGUUGAUUCGCUGUUGAUGUUUUGGUUGCGGCUGCCUCGGUGCUACCUUGUGUUGCCAGUUUUCCAUCCCUCGUGCCGAGAUUGUGUCGCCUCGGUUCGCUGUGCCAGGCGUAGAAGUAAUGAAAGCAAUAACUCGCUGGGGCCCCGAGUGGCCAGUGCUGCUGGAUUUACUGUCUCGCAGUUCUCCUGUUGGCACCACAGUUGUGACUAUCGAUUGCUCUACUUUCUCAGCGUAAUUAAGUCAAACGAUUUGCUGGGUAUUUAUUUUCGAGUUUAGACAAUGUUGAUUGAGUUCACAAAGCUGUAGUUGGCUGUGAUGCCCCACGUAUUAAAUUCAUGCUGGAGUGAGUGGGUCCCGAAGGCCUUGCUAGUUGCUCACGGUGAUAACCAGUCACCUGUUUAACUCCGAUCUGUAGGUCCAGGUCACACUUUGAGGAAAAUGAUGAGGUCCUGUUAAUUGGGCUAAAGCUUAGGUCACUCGUGGGCGCUAAAGAGGUAUCUGUGAAAUUAGAGAUAAGGUUCCAACAUGCUUAUUCUUUGGGUCUUACGGUAAAGUCAUGUAGAUAGGUUCAAAGAAAGUUAAAAAGUACGUUUCGAUCGCAACACCACCUGAUGACGACCGCUUGUGUUGUGAUCGAAACUUAUUUUUUUGUUUUCUUUGAACCUAUCUACGUGACUUUACCGAAAGAUCCAAAUGAUAUGAAUUCCAGCAGUCACGAAAGCUUUACGUCAAGAUUUAGGUGCGACAUGCUUUUACUAAUUUCAUCCGUACCUGUGUGCUGGCAAGUCUGGUAGCCUCAGACCCAGGGUCCCUGCCGAGAGCCUUGUGUUCUCGCCAACAGGAUGAUGAUACAUCGCACCAUGUCUCUCAUGACUGGUUAAUUUGGGCUGUGGAAAUGUAGACUUUAAGUUAAACCUCAGGAUAUCGCAGAGCACCCAUAUGUAUGCAUUCAUCUCUAUUCUGUUGAGGUUUUUCUUUUGGUUUCUCUUGCGCCAUCCAUCGCCCCUGUAAGAAGCAGCCCAGCAAGUAGGUUUCUGACACGUGGAGUUUGAGUAUUCUCUCCUCGAGGAGAAUACUCUGCGUUGGUUUCUCCGAGCCCUUUCAGGCAUGAAGGAAUAUGAAUUAAGAAUUGAGUAAAUUAAGCAUGAAAAUUUGGCUAAAUGCUGCUUGAGUAAAUAAAUACAUUUACAAAGUGUAAUUCGUGUAGUUGCUCAGAAGCAGCGUUCACUGCUAAUAGAUAAACCGUACUGAUAGUGACAGUAAUGCCAUUUAAAUGCUGUGAGGGCUGGUCAAAGACAGGUGUCAUUAGUAAGAGUCAUAUAUUGUCCAUUUGUUGUGGAGGUUCAGUUUUACAUUGAAAAUUUCCUGUCAGGAAACACUGACAAUACUGCAGAUUCUGCUGAAAUAUACUCUGUAAAGGUCCUCACUUAGUCAUCGUUAAUAUUUUCUCAAACUAUAAUUUGAUAUGUUCACCCAGAAAGCCUUGCUGACUCUCAACGCUUUAGUAGAAUCCUACUUGCUCUGUUUGACCAAUUCCCUUUUAAAUGUGGGAUAAAACGAGUGCCUGGAGUUUUGACUGUGCUCCACAUACAAGUAAGACAUCUACUUGCUCUACAGCGUCCUUUCGGCUUGACGAAGUUGCCCAUAAGAUGGUUUCCCAGCACGACACAUCCCUGCAUGAUCGAUCGACACUGCCACUGGCUCACAGGGUUCGUCGCCGCAUGGAGAAUGAUUGAGCACGGAGCCAGCCUGAAUUGUCCCACUGUGUCCUUACCAAUGUCCACACUGACAGUGUCCGGCCUGAUACCUGAGAUAUGGCAUUAGUGGGAUCUUUCUCAAUAGGACACCGUUUUUGAUUAACACAGAUAUCCAUUGGAGCAACCACCCUGAUUACAGAUCUAUGAGUGUCAAGAGCACAGACCUUUGUAUUGACCCAACGGUCAGUGUUGCAAUACAACUAAUGUACUUGACUCCUAAUGGACCUCGUUGAAUGGUGGCCACGCUUUUGUCGCCCUCUGUGAGAGUGGAGAUGGGUUAAAAUACAGCACAGGCAGUUUUACAAAUUCAACCCCUUCAGCACGUGACGCCCCAUCCAAGGAUCCCCCAGAGUCGAGCCACUCGAGAUGAUGCUCAGUUUGCAAUGUGGUGACCGCACAUGUUCAUGGAUAUUAAACUUUAUUUUUUAGUCCAUAUCCGUAAGUACAGUUGUUUUAGGAACCCCGUUAUGUAUGACUUGUGUUAUCUGCGUUGAAAUGAGACUGCACAGUGUGAGAUGCGUGCUCUUUUCAUGUAAUGUUUGGUCAUGGCGAAUUGCCGAUUGCGUGCGUGCUCAGUCCCACCCUGGCCUUGCAGCGUCAUCCCGACUCAUGGCGUUUAAAGCGAACGCUGUCAUUGGGCACGAUGUACACAUGCACGCAAAACAGUUCAUGGAAAGCGCUUAUGUGUGGUUCAGUUCAACAGAUUUGAACUGAUGUGUAUGUCAUUACGCUGGCUAUAUUUCAUUAUUAAACUUUACAUUGAAUUUAAAAAAUAAAAGCAGUUUAUAAAAUGAAAACAAAACAUUGCACGGCUCCAUGUUGGUUUGAUUUGUAUUGUAAAUUAAAGUACUUUUGAAUUGUAAGGAAAAUAAAGUGCUGUAUAUUCAGA